AGGCGGAGCUUGCGUUUGAACAUUCAGCGGGGGCAAAGGGAAGGAGUUAGCUUUGUAUUCCAUUUAGCUAGCUAGUGUCUUUCCUCUAAAUACUUUUUAAUGGGAGGUAAAGUAAAACGAUACAGGUAAGAUAAGGGAUGCUUGUUGUUACUACGAAGGGUUUAUCUUUAGCAUCUUCGUUUGGUUGAGCAUUGUGGAAUAAAGAUGCCUAUCCGGGCAUACUGCACAAUCUGCUCGGAUUUUUUUGAUCAUUYCAAAGAUGUUGCUGCCAUUCACUGCGGACACACGUUUCACUAUGAAUGUCUCCUUCAGUGGUUCCAGACAGCCCCAACAAAAACCUGUCCACAGUGUAGGAAACAGGUCAGCACCAGGCACAUCAUCAGCAAACUGUUCUUCGACAUUGGUGGAGAGGAGGAGGGCACAGCAAACCCUGAGAGRUUGCAGAAUGAACUCAAUCAGAUGAAGGCACUUCUAAGCUCCAGAGAGCGGGACUGGCGAGACAAACAGAAAGUGAUGGACAGUUUAAAGAACACCGUGGACAAGCAAAAAAGAGACCUGGAGAGUACGCGAAAAGAGAUCAUGGAUAAAGAGAUGCUGUGUGCUGCUCUCAGAAAACAGAUGACGUAUUUGGAGACACAACAGAAUGCUGUUCAGGCUGCAAAGGAGGAGGUCCGCAGACUGAAGGUCAAAAUGAAAACUUUUGAAAGUCUGGACGUUCUGUUGCAGGGCCAGAGAGCAGAGGUGGAGUCCAUGAUCACAGAUAUGGGCGUCAGCUCYGCAGCUGUGGAGCAGCUCUCCAUUUACUGUAUCUCUCUCAAAAAAGAGUAUGAUAAUCUCAAAGGAAACCUCAAGUCUUCCAAUGAGCUGUGUGAGAAACUGAAGAGAGAAGUUCUCUCUUCUAACAACAAGUUGCAAAAAGCUGCGUGUGAGGUGAAUCAGACCAAAGACGACAUGAAGUCCUUGCAGAAAGAUCUGGCCAGUGCUGACAAAGAGAUCUCAAGUCUGAAYAAGAAGGUGGAGUUUCUUCAGAAGACUUUGAGCACGCCAACGCGAACAAACGAAGCUCUCAGUCGGCUCGUCUUUGAAAGCCCAGCUCCAGUGGAGCUGAAGCCACCACGCCUCCACCAGUCUCCAGGUAAUGAUGACAUUGAUCUCAAUAUGACCUAUGACAUCACAACUCCAGACGACCUGACCAAAAGACCAACAGAGGUCCCAUCCAAGAAGAUGCGUCUAGACCCCCCUGUACGAUGUGUGUCCAAACAUAGUGAGAAGUCUCCACCAGAGAGCAGGCCUCAAGAUAAAGAUUCGUUCCUGAGUCCGAUGAUGAGGAACUCUCUACUUUUUAGGAAGAAGACUUUAGGCAGCAUGUUGGACCCUCAGAGGAAGGCUGGAAUCGUUAGAAGUGGUUAUGAUGGAUUAGGAGGAAGAACUAAAUUCAUCCAACCUUCUCCCCUGUCCGAGAUUCGGCCCCUGAUGAAAACGAAAAGGAAAAAGGUGACCCGGCCGCCCCCCAAGGCUGCCCCCUGUUUGACCCUGGAUGGCUUCCUCCAGUGAAAGAUGGAGGUGACGGUAGUGUGUGUGAAGAAGCACCUGGAUACCGCUGUGUGACAGAACCACSCUGGCAGCGGGCCCAAACAGAACUUUGACCCUUUUUCUUUAAAAACAGCAGCUGCUAAAAAAUAUGCUGGAUUUUUCCUGUUUUCUAUUCUUUUUAAGCGGCGACUGAUGUACAUGCAUUUUUGUGUUGACAUGAACUGWUUUGUGAUGUGACCAAUUUCUUGUGUUUCUGUGUGUGUGGAAGGAAUUAAUUUGUAAAACUUUCAGCUGCGCUUCUUUAAAUUAUGUCAGAUACAUUUACAGAUUGUAGAUGUUCCCACUAUAGCCUGUAGUGAAGAUGGUUUAGGCAUUUUUAAUUUAAAUUGUCAUGACAGUUGAAAUUCAACAAAAUAAACUAUUUUUCUUAUUAAA